UACCCACGUAUCUAUUCUUCUUGCAAGACGUAUAUUUUGGGAUUCUUCUUGAUCACUUGACUUUACUCAUUACUUGUCCUUCCACCAGCUUCAGACGACACAAGUCUCGUCGGACAUUCCAUGAGCUAUUAAUAUACUCAUUCGGAUUAAUUAAAGCAAUGGGUGGUGGAGAAAGGAGUCUUUUGCACUUGCCACACCUCCAUAUUCAUCAAGGGAAGAAAAAGACCAGUGAUGUGCCAAAAGGGUAUCUGGCGAUAAAAGUAGGGCAAGAAGAGGAAGAACAACAGAGAUUUGUUGUUCCUGUUUCUUAUUUCAAUCAUCCGCUCUUUAUUCAGUUACUCAAGGAAGCUGAGGAAGUUUAUGGUUUUCAUCACAAGGGAACUAUUACUAUUCCUUGUCAUGUUGAACAGUUUCGAAGUAUUCAGGGAAAGAUUGAUAAACACCACCACAAUCACCACCAUCAUAUUCAUGUCCCAUGUUUUAGGGCAUGAGAUUCUAAUUUUUGUUCGGUGGAGGCUGUUAAUGAUAAUGACGACAACUUUUUAUAUUCCCAAUGGUUUGUUAUUGGUGACUUGUAUUUGUUAGCUAAACUGCUAAAGUAAUGCUACUAGUGAAGUGGAAUUAAAGUUACUUUUUCCUGUUCU